CUUGAUCCUCUGCACCGCGAUGUUGGCCAUCUCCGCAGCGGGCACCCCUCGCCCCCUCCGCGCCGGGCCCAGCGAGCUCCGCCGCUGCUCCGCUGGAGAACUCCCGGCCCUACCAAAAUGGCGCCCGCGCCGAGCAUGCGCGCAAGGGCUGCUGCCGCUCCUCAGGAGGGGCCGCGGGAGAGCGGCCGGAGCGGCAGCGGCACGGCGGCGGGGCCGGGGGGGCCGUGGCUGGACGCUGCCGAUGGGGCGUCUGCGGCGUGUGCGCUCCAGGCCGUCUCCUCCCCGUGACCUCGAAGAAAGGGGAAAAAUGUUAUUCCUCUCUCCCAGACGUGCUCCUCUUCCUCUUCACUCCUCGCCCAGGAGUCGCCGCAGCCUCCUCACACGGGACCAGGGGAACUUGCAGGCCCAGAAACAGGUGUCCAUGUCCGGUUGCGUGGCCAGGUGUAAGAGUGCCCUCUCCUGGGUGGAACAGGACAGUUUGCCUCGCUCGGCUGACGGCUCCUUCUGUCGGGAACAUUUCCUAGCCUUACAAACAGCUCAAGGUACUGACAUUGCUUUGUCCAGCCUUACCUGUAAAGAUGUCGACGAAGAACUUGUAGGAGUUCUGUGGACAGAAAUGCCAAAACCAGUAGAAGAGAAAUUGUUCGGUGCUCAGGAAGACAGAGGAGGUAUUCACUCCAGAUGCCUGCGCUUUCCAAGUUAUACUUUUCAUGUUGUUAACAGAUUAAAUUUAUAUUCAUUAAAAGGCAGAAAGGGUUCUAACUGAAUAUUAGAGUGAUGUGAAAUCACUCAGGUUGAAUUUGUGUGAUGCAAUUAAUCUGAUUUAGUGGAGUUGCAUCAGAAAUCAAUCUAUGGUAUAGCAAAGUUUUCAUUAAAUAAGGAAUGUGCAGAAUUUUUUGGUAGUUUAAUAACACCCUAUUGUCCUUCACUUGUUAAGGGCUGUUAUUAGAAAUUGACAGGACACCCUGUCAAUUAAAUAUUGACCCUGACAAUUUAAUAUUGUUCUGCCAAUAUCUUCUACAUUAAUGUUAUAUCUGAACCUGGUGUUUCUAGUAGGAAAACCUAGAUACAAAAACACCCAAUGCUUUUGAGACUGUUAGCAAAAUUACUGGGGUUAAGCUUCCAGUUUUUUGUGGAGGAGCAAUUUUCAACUGAGAGUACAUACACCUUGGGAGUCCACGGGCCAAUUCUUGUGGCUUCAUGAAGAAAAAAAAAGGGGGAAAAAUUAGGUUCAGCUAUUAAAUAGUUCUUGUAAUUUUGCAGGAGCACCAAAGUUGAUUAAUAUUCUUAGUGAUCAGGCAUCUACCUUGAGAAUCUGGCAAGCACAGACUGUCAAGUUGAUUACAGGGAACUAGAAGCACUUCUUAUAAAGAAAAAGGUGUAAAACUGUGCUCCUUUCUUCCUAUUACAAAAAGAAGAUAGCAGUCUUUCUGAGGACCCUUUCAAAAUGAAAGUAAGCUGUGAAUAUAUAAAUCGAUUUCACAACCUAAUAUGGCUUUAUUAGUAGUUUUAGGAUUAUUAGAGUUAUAAGGGAAGAGAGGAUUUGACCAAUGGUAUAAAGAACUUAGUCACCAUGCUAUGUUGCUGGUAUAUUGUCCACUCAAAAAACAUUUUCUACCUUGAGUGAAGAAUUUCUACCAUUUUAAGAAUUUUGUAUUAUCAUCUAUUAAUGUAAUGACUUUUAGUACGUUAUCAAAUCUAUGUAACUUAUUUAAUUAAAUAUUGUGAU